ACUAGGCUACUGGUUGUCUUGCGUUCCUUCCAGAAAGAUAAAUGCUGUAGUAGCGCUGUCAUUCAGUGUCACUUGUUCUCGUUCUUCUAGGAGGACACACAAUGUCGAUUUUUAAGGCUUUCAGGCGUCAACAGGCAACUUCAACACCGUCUUCAAGACCCCCCUCCGUCCCAUCUGUGAGCAUCAGCACUCAACAAGCAACUUCAGCCCCGUCUUCAAGACGCUCCUCUGUCUCAUCUGCGAGCAUCAGCAUUCAACAAGCAACUUCAACACCGUCUUCAAGACCCCCCUCUGCAAGCAGCAGCACUCAGCAGGCAAUUUCAACACCGUCUUCAAGACGCUCCUCUGUCGCAUCUGCGAGCACCAGCACGCUGCAGGCAACUUCAACGCUGUCUUCAAGACGCUCCUCUAUGGCAUCUGUAAGCAUCAGCACUCAACAGACUACUUCAACGCCGUCUUCAAGACGCUCCUCUGUUGCAAUUAUGAGAACCAGCACUCCCUGCAACAUUCAUCAACGGGCAUUGAUUGUAUUCUGCCUGGAAUGUGGAAUGGCGCUGUGCGACCACUGCUUGACUAGCGAAGUACACCGCCACCAUGAGUUAUCAAGUCUUACAGACGCAGUCAAGAAAGCAAUGGACGAACUUAUGAAGAACCUCAAAAAACUGAUGAAAGAUAUCGGGAAGCAAGCCCAUUUUGUUUCAGAAGCAUCAAUCAAAAACAGACAUGAUCUUAUAGAGAACAACUUCAGUAAAUCCAAAGAAAACGUAGAAGAUCAAUUCAAGGAACUUAAAGACAUGCUGGAGGAAAACAAAAUACAGGCCUUCAAACUCUUAGACGCACAGAAGGACCACAUGAAGGCAGAACUCCGUGAUAUCAAGCAAUAUGGAGAGAAUCAUCAGGAGAUAGAAGACGUCCAUGAGAAACUACAGGAGCUUCGGAGCCAGAUAGAUCAGGACCCGAACAAUGUGCUGAAGGAAUGCCUGGAACAGGAAAAAAGAAUUGAAAUCAUUGAAAAGAGUUUUGUGGACUGGGAGAAGGAGCCUAAGUUUGACAAUCUCAGACUGAGAUCAUUGGAGAAAUCUGUUGAAGUUAUCUUUACGAAGAGCAAGGCUUGUCUGCAAAACCCAUUGGAAUUUGCUGACGUCAUCACAUUUGACACAACUACAGCACAUGAAAAGCUGAGAGUAUCUGAGAAUAAGAGACAGGUGACUGUCUUUGCCAAGGAUCUGCGGAGGAAAGGUCAACCAAACCAACUUCAGAAUACCCGACUGCGUGUCCUGGCUGAACAGCUUUUUGAAUCUGGUCAGCACUACUGGGAGGUGGACGUGCGAGGAUGUCGGAGCUGGGCGGUGGGUGUGGUGGAAGAGGAGAAAGAGGAGGGAGAUGAGGAAGAGGAGGAAGGCAGGCAGGCUGGGACGUCCCAACUGGGACACCAGAAGCUGUCCUUAAUGCUGGAGUCGGAUGCAGGUCUGCUGGCUGUGCUGCAAAACGAUGUUUCCAUCCCAGUGAGAGAGCAGGAUGUCUCCUUCAUCGGCUUGUUCCUUGACUAUAAGAAGGAGCACCUGACGUUCUACAACACUGCCACCGAUGCUGUGAUGCACAGGUUUGCGUUGUGCCGCAGUGUGAAGCUGCAGCCUGUGUUCAACAUCACCCCUGAGGGAGAGGAGUCCUCCUUUCUGGUCCUGUGUGACCUUAGUGUGGACAGGCCCGAGAGUCCAGCAAGUAUGGCUGACUCCGGCAUGGGCUCGCCAAACCAGAGGGGAGAGGAGGACAGCGCCGAAAGUUUGGAAAGUCCGGCAAGUACAGCUGACUCCAGUGUGGGCUCGCCAAAUGAGAGGGGUGAGGAGGACAGACCCGAAAGUACAGAAAAUCUGGCUGAUUCCAGCGUGGGCUCACCAAACCACAGGGGUGAGGAGGACAGUGCCGAAAGUCCGGCAAGAAUGGCUGACCCCAGUGUCGGCUUGUUAAAUGAGAGGGGUCAGGAGGACAGUCCCGAAAGCACGGAAAGUCCGUCUGACUCCAGGGUGGGCUUGCCAAACCAGAGGGGUGAGGACAGUGCCGAAAGUCCGGCAAGUAUGGCUGACCCCAGUGUUGGCUCGUUAAAUGAGAGGGGUGAGGAGGACAGGCCCGAAAGUCCAGCAAGUCCGGCUGAUUCCGGCAUGGGCACGCCAAACCACAGGGGUGAGGAGGACAGUCCCGAAAGUCCGGCAAGUACAGCUGACUCCAGUGUGGGCUCGCCAAAUGAGGGGGGUGAGGAGGACAGGGCCGAAAGUAUGGAAAGUCCGGCUGGUGCCAGUGUGGGCACGCCAAACCACAGGGGUGAGGAGGACAGGCCCAAAAGUACGGAAAGUACGACUGAAUCCAGUAUGGACUCAUCAAAUGCCACCAAUGCAGGGCCACCCCUCACCUGAGUCCUGCAGUUCUUUCUUCUGAAUAUCUGAGAACAAACUGAGAUUUUUGUCUUUCAAAUUAUUCAAUUCCAAUUUCAGUAGCCUGUAUGUAUAGUAAAUAGUAUAAGUUUUUGUAAAGCACUUUGAACUGCCCAUGUAAAUGGAAUAUCUAUAAAUGUUUGUGUAUUGGAUUGACUAUAUAAAUGUCAACCAACAACUAAACUCCUCUACAAGUAAAUUUGAUUAUAAAGACGGUGUUAUGGAAAUCGUUAAUGCAUUUGAAGAAUGAAGAACUGUUCCUCUUCACUAACAUUCCUAGUGAUCUACUAUACAUUUGUUGCACUUCUGCCAGAGAUCUGAGCAUAUACAGCACACUGUAUACAUCAUGUCACAUAUUAGACGAGCAUGCAGAAUAGUAUUACAUUUGUCUAUGUGAUAAUUAUACGACCUGUUUUCCAGAAGAAAUGUAACUUGGUUUACUGUUUUUGUUUUACUAUGUAAUAUUGUUUUAUAAUGUUAAAUGACCUUAAAGUUAUCCUGCUGUCCAGCCUGAGUAGUUGUAGGUGAAUUAUUGGACAUGGAGGUUUUGUUACUUUACAUUAACUUAUUUUUGGUAAAUAUCAAUCUUAAUAACAAGUUGAAUGUCAUGAAAAUUGUAAUAAAAAAAAAUAGACCAAAAACGGGGGUUGAGCCUUUUCAAGCCCUUCUAGAAUGUGUGGCAGCAAUGCUCAUGAUUAUUUGUUAGACAUUAAUUGAUUUUAAUUAGACCACAUUCAUAUGGGGCCCAAGCUGCAAA